AUGCCGCAAGACCCAAAUCUCUAUGGCCAAAGGGCGCCCAAGAAGCAGAAGCGAGAUGCAACGUUGUCCAGUUCGCUUGAUUUCACGGCUCAACUGACAUCGUUGAUGUCAAACGCGUCAGGCCCAACAUCGUCAGGCCGGUCACGCCCCUCCAAGGAACGCAAAGAAGACAUAUUCAAGGGCAGCAACUCAAAACGGAGCAAGGAGUCAGAUGGGUCAAAGAAGUUACAGCUGAAAGAGGUGGCAGGGACCGAGGAGGAGACGAAGGAGUUGGCGAGGGCCAGGCGAAGGAUGGAGGAAAAAGCACGACUCUACGCAGCCAUGAAGCGUGGCGAUUACGUCCCCAAGGAAAACGAGGCUGCUCCACUGGUGGACUUUGAUCGAAAAUGGGCCGAGGGAGAGGAAGAACGAAAGGAGGAUUACGCAACAAGCAGCGACGACGAUGCUGACGACAGCGGCGAGAUGGUCGAGUAUGAGGAUGAAUUUGGUCGCGUGCGGCAAGUCACCAAGGCAGAAAGGGACAGGUUGGAGCGAAGAGCACGUCGAGGUCUACUGGGCGCCGAAGAGCUAGAGCGCAUGUCGGCACGCCCUAGCGCACCAAGCAACCUCAUCUACGGCGACGCAGUGCAGUCGAUGGCAUUCAACCCAGAGGAUCCAGAGAAGAUGGAAGAGCUGGCGCGGAAGAGGGACCGCAGCGCAACACCGCCGCCGGACCAGCACUACGACGCCGACUGGGAGAUUCGGACAAAGGGCACGGGAUUCUACAAGUUCAGCAAGGACGAGGAGACACGGACGGCCGAGAUGGAGGGGCUCGCGGAAGAACGGCGCAAGACGGAGGAGCAACGCCGGACCCGCGAGGAUCAGAAAGAGGCCAGGAGAAGGGAGAUUGAGAAGCGCAGGGAGGACAUGGCGGCGCGGAGAGCCAAGAAGCAGGCUGAUUCGUUCCUGGACAAACUGGGAGCAUGA